UGCCUCAUGAAGAUGAUUUGGUGUGGGGAUAUUGUGAUGGCCCAUGUCCUUUGACGUCUGAAACCCGCCGUGUUUGGGUUGACAAGGCUCACUCACGAUUUGCACAGCCGAGUGCCAACCCCCCUGGAGCCUUGGAGGUACCCAAUGUCCCCCGAGCCCAACUCCAUCUCUCCCUAGCCAGCGGAUAACGCAACCAGCGUCCUUGCCAGUUCCAUCCGUCAUUCCUUCUGAUGCUCAAUUCGUCACCCGUCUAUCAUGUCACCCAACCCAGCACGUAAACCCACCGAGGAGUUGUGUGAGCGCUGUAGCGUCUUGUUCUCUCGCCCGGGACUCGACGAGAUCUACGCCACGCCACACAACCGGUUCAGGCAUUCCCAACUGGAGACAUUCGAAGACCGCGCCGACUGCUGCUUCUGCCGCUUUCUCUGGGAAGAGGACCUGAUUGGGGCCAACACGCAACCACUCACUUUCCGCCGUCUGCGCGACCUGGUGUAUCCCCCACAGAGUGCCGCAAGAAUACAUAAUGCCAAAAAGUUCCCGGGGUCCUGGGUCGUGAUCCGCUGCGACAAGUCCGUCGCACCCCAAGGAUUGGUUGACUACCUGCCUGACUCUUUGCCGCUGGCGAACGACGGCUCGCCAACGUUGAGCAUCAUAUGCGUUAGGAUAGAGAAUGCUGCGGGCCGCAUGCUGUGGGAGUUUCCGUUUCUUUAUGUCUCGGCAUCUCAAGAUGAUCCAUGUGCUGCCUUGACCCCCUUUCGACUAAUGGAAUGGAACGGGUUGAACUCCACGUCGGCGCCGUCGUUGAAGGCGCUACUUAACAGGUGUGAGACGACCCAUACCCGCUGCCAACCUCUUCGUCCUGAACCACUCCCAUCCCGGCUCGUCCAUAUCCCCAGCGACUACCUGUCGUCCCAAAGCAUCAGACUCCAUGUCACGCCUACGGAAGGUCAACUAGGACAGUAUGUCGCCCUGAGCUACUGCUGGGGCGGGCCUCAGGAGUUCAGGCUAGAGCACGGCAGCCUGGACGAACUCCAACAGCGGUCGACGCACGUUUCGGCCCUGCCUCGGACCCUCCAAGACGCCAUCGCUGUGACCUACCAUCUCGGGUUUGAGUACCUGUGGAUCGACGCCUUGUGCAUCAUCCAGGACAGCCCCGACGACAAGCGCCACGAGAUCAGCCAGAUGCAGCACAUCUACACCAACGCCGCCGUCACCAUCGCCGCCGCCACAGCAAGCUCCGUCGAGCAGGGCUUUCUCGACACCAACACCAGCGCCCCGUUCAGCGGCCGGCACCGCUCCAUCUCCGUACCCAUGGCCCUAACAACAGACACAUCCAACCCCCGCCACGGCGCGAUAACCCUCACCCCCACCCACACCCCCCAAACAUCCCUCUUCCCCAUCAACACCCGCGGCUGGACUUAUCAAGAAGCCCUCCUCUCCCCGCGCCUGCUCACCUUCGGCGACCUCGAGCCCUACCUCCGCUGCCGCACCAAGGAAGCCACCGUCGCCGCCCGCACCGCCAUCCGCUACGACCCGCGCACCCUCCAACCGCGCCGCUUCGAGGCCGAGCUGCAAUCCACCACUCCCCACACCACCACCACCAUCCAGUACUCGGAAGAGAGGGAGGGGGAGGGGGAGAUGAGGGAUAUGGGGGAGAUGACGCUGAUGGAGGGCGGGGAGAGCAUCGACCUCCGCCUGGAAUUCCGCUGGCCCUCGCUCGUGGGCCAGUACACGCGCCGCGCGCUGGCCGAGGGUGCUGAUCGGCCGCAUGCUAUUGCCGGGGUGGUGGCGGCGUUGGCGGGGAUUACGGGGGAUGUGUGUGCGUGGGGGGUGUGGCGGUCUUGUGCGGUGGCUUGUUUGCUUUGGGCGGUUGAGGGGGAGGGAAAGGGGGAGGUGAGGGUGAGGGUGGAGGGGGGGCUGCCGACGUGGUCGUGGAUGUCGGUUACGGGGCCGGUGGAGUUGGAUCGGGUUGAGUAUAUGAAGGCGGCGGAGGCAGUGGUGGAUUGGGAGGGUGGGGGUGGGGAUGAUAAAACGUUGUGUAUGUCGUGUCGGGUUAUGGGGGAGAGUGAGGUGAUGGGUGAGACGCCGUUGCUGGUGGACUGGACGCUGGAUGUGGGUAAGCCGUCCCCGAGCGACGGGCUUCGGCCGCCAGUGAGUGAGCCGCUGUUUUUCUUGGUUAUUGCGCGGCAGAUCGACCAGAUGUUCCUCGCGCUGGUUGCUACCUCGGUUGGGGACGGGGUUUACCACCGUCGGGGGCUGGCGGAGCUCAAGAACUCGAGCGUGGUCAGCUCGAAGCCGCGGGAGAGCAUACGCUUGGAUUAG